UCUCCUGCGAGACGACAGCACCAUGAAGACAUCGACGCUCGCCUUCCUGUUCGCCCUGCUUGCCGUUGCCAGCAUGGCCUCUUCUUCCGCAGCACUAGUGGAGGAGGAGCACCACGGCGACCGCCACGUGCGCUUCACGUGCGACGCGCUGAGUGCCUUUGGGGUGGCCGACUCGGCGUGCGCAGUCCACUGUAUCGCGAUGAACAGAGGCUACAAGGGCGGACACUGCAAAGAGGGCGUCUGUCACUGCCGCAAGUAGGGAGACGCCAGCAGUGGAAAGCCUCCGCUGAUCAGUAGCUAACAUGCUUGCUUCGCCAAUAAACUGUC